CACCAACGCUGAAGAACCCGGGCCCUCCGUUUCUAUCAGGUUCAGCCGUCGCCUUCAGCCGCCACGCACCGAACCGUCGAAUCGCUCGCGAAAAGUCUUCGCCUCGCUCCUUUCCGACGGCCUCUGGCGAGCCGGCGAUGGCCAUCUCGGUCCCGCCGAUCGACUGGGAGGCGGAGAGCUACCCCGCCUACGCCGACUUCGCGGCCAUCCCCUUCUUCGUCGUCUUCUUCCUCGCCGUCCGUUCCCUCCUCGACUGCCUCAGUCUUCGAGAGGAUGGAAGGAAUAGGGGUUCUGCCAAGUAUUACACGAAGGAAGGCUUAUGCAUUAGUUCUCAUCCAGCAUUUCGUGUACAAUGGUUAGCCAAGGAGCUGAUUUUCAAGAAGGGGGAUGGGAAGCUUGAUCCUACUACAUAUGCAGGCAAGAGAAAGAUCAGGAAACUUAAAGAAUCGUCUUGGAAAUGCAUUUAUUUCCUUUCUGGGGAGAUACUGGCAUUUUCUGUGACAUAUAACGAGCCAUGUUUCACGACCACAAGAAAUUUCUGGGUUGGACCAGGUGAUCAGGUCUGGCCAGAUAAAAAAAAAAACUAUGUGAGACAUCUUGUUUUAUUUAAACUCAAGGCGGUCUAUAUGUAUGUUGCUGGUUUCUAUACGUACUCAAUAUUUGCCCUUUUGUUUUGGGAAACAAGGCGCUCGGACUUUGGUAUUUCGAUGACUCAUCAUGUAGCAACUGUUUUUCUGAUAACACUGUCUUACAUAUUCAGAUUUGCUCAGGUGGGUUCAGUUGUCCUUGCCAUUCAUGAUGCAAGUGACGUGUUCCUGGAGCUCGGAAAGAUUUCCAUGUACGGAGGCUGCCAGUUGAUUGCAGAUGCUUCAUUUCUUCUUUUUGUCUGUUCUUGGGUAGUCCUUCGCCUUACAUAUUAUCCAUUCUGGAUUCUUUGGAGCACAAGCUAUGAAGUUGUUCUGACUCCAGACAAGGAGAAGCACAUAUUUGAUGGGCCAAUAUACUACUAUGUAUUCAACAGUCUUCUCUUCUCCCUCGUUCUACACAUAUAUUGGUGGGUCUUAAUUUAUCGAAUGCUCGUGAGGCAAAUGCAGUCUAGAGGGCAUGCUGGGGAUGAUAUACGAUCUGAUUCUGAAGGUGAAGAGGAACAUGAGGAUUGAUUGAGCCAUAUAAAUUCUGAAGGUGGAAAGGAAAAUGAGUAUGGAUCAAGCUGUUUAAAUUCUUUAGGUGAAAAGGAACAUAUUGUGCUGUAAUUUCGGAUCAUUGCUCUAUUUUGUUUUUGUUCUGCUUCUUUGUACGUAAUAAUGCAUUAAUUCCCUUGGUUGUUGCAGGAACAACACGCCAGUUACUGUAGCAGAAGUACCUCAGUUGUUGCAGAAACAACACGGCAGUACUGUAGCAUCCCGAUGUACUGUAUCUACAAUAGGUCAGUUGCUAGCCUAUAAAUAUAGGGUGACCCCAACCCUUUGUAAGGUGUGUUGUAUGCACCGGAUGGAAGCUCAGGAUGAGCUUCAUCUCUUUAGAGGCUGUCAGCAGCUAUAGGCUUUUAGAUGCUGGAAUAAACAUCAGAAACUGCUGGCAGCAAGAAAAGCACCGAAUGUGCUUUGUUGGAUGGAAGCACCGAAUGUGCUUCAUCCGACGUAAUCUGUUAGAAGCUAUUAGCAGUUAUAGGCUUUUGGGUGUUUGAAUAAACAUCAGAAGUUGUUGGCAGUGAGAAAAAUUUAUGUGUCCAAUGUGUGUUCUAUUAACCCACCUCUUGCAGGAUCCGAGUCCAACAGUGUAUAUCUCUACAUACUACUGCAGUAGAAAUCGUUUAUGAGUGUCAUUGGCAUGAUUGUUGCUGCUGUUGCUUAUCAUCGGAAACGAUAGAAUUACCUUUUGGAAAUUCUCUCUUAUAUUACAAUUUCCCUUUACGUUUCAGCAUACCACUAUUUGUUGAUAUAUAUAUUUUUUCGAGCAAUCUAUUUGUUGAUAUAUGAUAUCUUUAUUGUAGCAAGUUCUAACUAAUUAAACCUUUCAAGUAAAGUUACAAUGCAAAAUUGCAGUCUAAGAUAAUGAAAUAAGGAAUCUGCCAAAAAAUAUUGCUACUGUUCAUGAUUUCCUAGAGCUUCUGGACACUUGCAGUGAGCCAUAUGAUUACUGACCCCUAUGUCUGUCAACAUAAUUUCUCAUCUUGUUACAUCAGAACCAUGGAACAGUACCAUAGCUAUUGUUGGGUAGAGUUGCUGAUGAGAACAUCUGGCCCCCACUUCAAGCUCAACAUCUAAUCUUUUGGCGAAGCGGCCCUUGAUCUGUGGCCAUGCUUCUGCAUAUGCUUUCCUUGGUGCAUACCUUAUGGUCUUCUCAAACUUUCUUGCCCGCUUUUUCUCCUUGUACCUGAGGACUCUGGCCUCUCUGUCCAUGUAGAUCAAAUUCACUGGCAUCUGGAGCGGCCUGAUAAUAGAUCCACUCCGCUAGUUGUUAGGAUGUUGAUAUUUGAGAUAUCUGCUAUGUUAUUUUUGAGGGGGAAAAAGUAGGAGAAUCCCCUACUGUGGUAAAUAUAUUAAAAUAUAAAUUAAGGCACUGUACAAAGACCCUCCCAGAAAGGGAAGAAGAGGGAAAAAGCAGGGAAAUAAAAGAGCAGCUAUACAAAAGAGUAGAGCCAAUCUAAGAAGAGAAGGAUCAAAGACUCUUUCAUCCUGUGAGACUGAAGAUAAGCAUCUUUUAUAAAGUCAUUUUUCCAUCCCUGCAAAGUUGGAUUGAUAUCUCUGAAGAUUAAAUUGUUUCUUUGUUUCCAGAUAUUCCAUGCAGCAGUGAUGAAAACCUCCAUGAAGAAAGGUCUUCUAAAAUCCUUCCUGGCUUUCUGCAUCAUGAGAAAGAAUUGCAAGUGUAGAUCCCAGUGGAUAUCUAGAGCUUGCCAACCUCUAGCAGAAAAGGCGGGUACUAUACCCACCUCCAUUGAUGAGAGAGGUAUCUGAGAUGAAAUUGGCAAAUAGUCACUGAAAUAUGUGAACAAUAAGAAAAUUGCAGGGCGCAACAUCAGUUGCUUCACUUUGUGUUAUUUACAGAUCCUACUGGGAAACAACUGGUGGUGCCUCUUGCCGUCCACUGUCUGCAAUGGUGUCAUCUCGGCCCAGAGAGCUCGACUGCCUGCACCAGCAAUGAUGAGUCAUCCGUAAGGUCGGAGUAGCAGCGGCCAAAGCUGAACUCGGGCACCUUGAACUUGUGAGACUCGGUGCUCUGCGACGCCUCCCACCGCUCUGCUAGCCCAUCGCCUUCAAGCAUCCUGACCACCUCUGACAUCUUAGGCCUGUGGCUAGGAAGGUAUUGGGUGCAUAGCAGUGCUACCUGCACCAUCUCCUCCAGAUCAAUGCGGUCAUAGUUACUCUUCAGGUCCUUGUCCACUAGUAUGUCCAGCUUCUUCUCUUGGUGCAUCUUCUUCACCUGAACAAACGCCAGUGCUAAUUAGCUCAGUGCGGUCUGGCCGGUGAUCAACUCCAGCAGCAGGAUUCCGAAACCAAAGACAUCGGUUUUCUCAGACGACUGGCCGGUGGAGAGGUACUCUGGGGCAAUGUGGCCAACGGUGCCCCUCACGGCUGUGGUGACAUGCGAGUCAUGGUGGUCCAAGAGCUUUGCAAGCCCGAAAUCUCCGACGACUGCUUCGCAGUAGUCAUCAAGCAGUAUGUUUGCUGCUUUUACAUCCCUAUGGAUGAUCUUGGGGUCACACUGCUCGUGCAGGCGCAAUGCAACACUUCCAUUUGACAUGUAUGGAUAGACCAGUAGCCUCUCGCUGGCAGUCAUGCAAAAUCCGUAGAGCCUGAGAAGGUUCCGGUGCACCGCCAAGCUGAUCAUCUCGACUUCAGUCUGAAACUGUGCUUCCCUGCCUGCGGCAUUACCAUCUUUGAGCCUCUUGACGGCUACAAGAGUUCCAUCUGGGAGAUGCCCCUGGUAAACGAUUCCAAAGCCGCCCUUUCCUAAUAUGUUCUUGCUGCUGAAAUUUUCUGUUGCAGCCUGGAGCUCUCUGAACUGAAACCUCUUCAUGUUUCCGAGGUUAACGUUCUCUAUGUGUUGGUCUGCAGUAGCCAACACAGUAAGAUCAAACAGGUUCAGGCACCAAGUUCAUGAAUUGAUGACUGACUUCGGCCUUUUACUUACCAUCAAUAUUGAAAAGAAUUUGCCGAUUUUGCCUAUGCCUCCACCAGAACAGCAAGCCAACGGCAAGGAAAAGGAGGCUGCCACAGCCAGUUGUUGCACCAAAUGCAAUUGCAACUUUAUGGCUCUUAGUUUUCGCAGGCAUCAGAGUACCUAUUGAUAUAAGUUGUCAUUAGACCAAUUACCAUCUACAAAAUCAAUGCAAAUUUUUAUUUGAAAGCUUUUUGCUAAAUGAGUGCCAAUAUAAUCCCUAAUACGAUUGCUGGCAUCAGAUAAAUAAAUGGGUGAUCUAUGUGACAUAAAUACUGCUAAUUAUCACUGAACAUACUACUGACUGUGCAUACCCUGUGUGUUAUUCAGGCUGUAGGACAUCGGCAUCGGUAAAGUUCCAUAACAAUCUUGUUCCGUGGUUGCCGCACAGAUCAGGGGAUUACCUACUAUGCUGCAAGAGAAGAUCAAAAUUAUAUUUUUCCAAUGAAAUCAAAUUUGAAGAGACCCUGGGAUUGGACCACUCAGAUUAUUGUAGGACAGGUCCCUGAAAAAUGCAAGUCAACAGUGAUCACCACACAGCCAACGCAGGCAGAACACAUAUAACAGAACAGCCAAACAAGCAAAGAACACUCACAGGAAAACAAGGUGUGAUAAGUUAGCUGAUGCUGAAGGGAAUGCACCAGACAAUGUGUUGUUGUUAAGCCUCCUAAUAAGAGCACAGUGGUAAACAAUAAGAACAGAUACAGGAUGGCUCCUGAGGAACAGGUCAUGAAUAGAAAACUUCCAAAAUAGCAUUCAAGACAAGUACAGUGGAACAGAAUUGCACUCACAGAUACUGGAGGCUUUCAAGGUGGCCCACAGAGCUAGGGAUUUCACCAGAGAAGUGGUUGCUGGAGAGAUCAAGUGUCUUGAGCUUUGUUAGCUUGCCAAUCUCUGCUGGGAUCAACCCAUUUAUGUUGUUGUUCUGCAGAAGACUAUAAAGAAAUUAUAAAGAGCAAAAUAUGAGAUCUCUUCCUACCCAGAGAAACAUAGUAAAUGCUGAAAAUACAGUAGAAAUUGACAAGGCUAAUCAUGACAACAAAUUACACUGUCUCAAGGUUGAUCAAAUUCUCUAUGCUUGGGGAGAGUAGGCCAGAAAGAUUCUGGCUUGGAGCUUCUCUGCCAAGUUCAAAUAGCCAGAGAAGUAGUAAGAUACAAGGAAAACUUGAGGAAACACAGAUUUGGAGCUGGUGCAAAACUGCUAGGUGGCUUGCUUACAGGCCAGUCACAAGGUUCUCCGGUGAGCAAGUGACCAUGGUCCAGCUGCAAGGAUCCACAGAGUCUUGGUCCCAGUUCUUCAGCACACCAUGAGGAUCCUUGAGGUAGUUCUUGAUCAUCAUGAGAGCUUGAACUGCAAAUGGAACUGAGAUUGUCACACACCAAUGCAGUGCAAAGGGGAAAAAACAAAGAGCGAAUAACAGAGUUCUUGAUCUGAGAGUAUCAUACAAGGAUGAUUGCAAACACCAAUGCAAGAGAACAAAAAGAGAUAACCAAGAGAGCUCUUGGUUUGAGGAAGGAAUAUUAACCUUCAUAGUUUACACCCUUGGGGGAGAGGAGGCCACUUGCUGGCUUGCAAAGGGAGAAGAACAGGAGGAGCACCAGGGAGGAAGCAGCAAGAACCACCCCCAUUGCCAAAGCAGUGCAAGAACCGGGCCUCCUGGGCAAGAAGUUCACGACCUUGCUCCGUGUUCAAACAUGGAAUCAAGAGGCAAGGAAGCAUGCAACCUUCUCUCCCACAGAACCAAUUGCCAGUGGCAGUGGAAGGGAUGCCUCUGAGGACCUGUCAGUAGCAAAUGACACAAAAGAAGAUGCUUGUGUUCUGGCUGCAAGGAAAAGCAGAAAAGGAGGGGAAGCGAGGGAACAAACAUGCCUGCCACCUGAGCCUGCUUGGAAUAGAAAAUUGGAUUAAAGGAGGCAAGAAAAUUCCUCCUCUCUCCCCUCUGUGUUCUUGGGGCCUGUGAGAAAAUAAAAAGUUAUGGAAAACAGUGACAGUGUAAUUUGUUAACUUAAUGGUUUAGGCUAAUCUAGUCUAAAGGAACAGAUUAUUAGUUUAUUAUUGAUCCCACUCAAGAAAGACAUCAACUUUAUUAUAGUGUGGGUGUGCGCAGCAGACCAGAAGUGGAGUGGAGCAAAGACUGUGACAGGUCACAACAGCACCUUUGAUUGGGGAUCCUUGUAACAAAAGAAUUCUACAAGGCAUGGGCAGUUGGACAAUUAGCUAGGGAAGUGUGUGAGAAUUCUGGUGGGAGCACUAAACAAUGGAGCAAAAGUAUCUUUAGCUGGAGGAAGGGGGAUAAUGACAGGGAGGAAGUGCCUCUCACCUGACCUGAAGUGGAGGCACUGAAGGGAAUGGACAAGGGAUUUUUGACGCUCAUACAGUGUGCAUGAAGAAUCAAGAACCAAAUAAAAGUAAAUGCAAUACCGGUCGUGUUUCUGCUGUCUACUGUAGCAUAAUGACAAUAACCUGAGUUCUUGCCACGUCAGUUUGUAUGGAUUCAUCAAUCACUACCAUGCAGAUGCUUAGAUUAGAUACAUACUUGAUGCUUCCAAGUACAGGCAAAUUUUCUGUGAAGAAAAAUAAGACGAGAAGGGUGGUGGCCAUGCUCCUUUUUCCUUUGGGUUGUAAUCAUUGCAAGGCUACCUUGCAUGAAAGACGUGACCUCUCUUUUCAGUGAAAUGAGGGAUGCUUUGCUGCCUUUGCCUGCCCCACUUCGCCUUUUCUCUUUUCCUCUGUACUCUUGCUUUGUGUAUGUUUGUGUGUGAAAGAGCAAGGGCAAUGAUGUGCUAUACCACACCGUACAGAUCUGGUACAAAGAGGGAGAAACGUAUGUGGGACCCUGAAAAUAUGAGGUGCAGGUUUAUCCGUGUAGACAUGGAUCAUAACCUCGGUUUGCUCCCUAGAAACUUGAUGCACUAGCAAAGCAUGGCGGCAUGAAUCAUAGUGUUGCUACAAUUGUCAAAAUCUGAACUUCGUCACCAAGGCUGCAUCAUUGGCUUCGUUAUUUCUUCUAAGGAAUUAAGAGCACUGUGGAUCCUUUUGCAACCAUGUAAUUACAUUCUCCAUGGUCAUCACCUAAAUGAUGGCACGCAGUGGAAAUGAAGAAGAUAAACACAAGCAGUACGUAAGGCACAGAGGCACACAGUAGCAUGCAUGCCAGGACAGAACAGUACAAGAUCUGUGCAAUCCAAACUAUGCCACUGAUAAAUAAGAUGCUUUAUACUAUAUCACUCCUAGCAUCCUGUCCCUUCCUAAUAUGCCACUAUCCCUAUUAUUCUCAUGUUUUCUUUUUUUUAGCUGAAAUUGAUACAUAAAAUGUCUGUUCUACCCAUAGAUGUGAAUGGAGCAAGUUAGUCAUAUUUCCGGUGCCUAGUGCAUAGAAGUCAUAGGUUAUGUGUUAACUGCAUGUUACUACUUACUUUGCUAGGAGUCAGGAAACACCAUUGGUUAUCCUUUUUACUAUGAAAGGAGCCUCAGGACAAAAUUAUGUACGAUCCUGUUAUGGCUUUCUUUCCCGUAGUCUAGCAACAUUAUCUUGUAAGUUUUUGUCAUGUCGCGGGAUUGGACGUCCUAACUAGUACUGAUAACCUGUGACUUUUAUGCGGUAGGCACAGAAAAUAUGACUAGCUUGCUUCAUUCAUGUCUAGGGGUAGAACAGACAUUUCGCAUAUCAAUUUCAGCUAAAAAAGAAAACAGGAAAAUAAUAGGUAUAGUGGCAUAUUAGGAAGGGAGAGGGCGUUAGGAGUGCUAUACUGUGGAAUGUCUUAUUUAUCAGUAUCAUAGUUUGGAUUGCCACAUUUAGAAAUGGCUUCAACUGAAUUUUCCCGUAUAUGUAUGUUGGGAUUGACCAGGUGGUCUCAGCCGUAUGGUGACCAGGCUAUCAACGAAAUAUUCUGAUCUUCUGUGCGCCAUCGCCCGUCCUCCAGUAUCUUUGACCAGCAACAGCAAGGUGAGAUUGCACGGCAAGGCUUUCCACUCAAGUAAAACUGUGGCAACACAUGAGGGUUUUUUUUUUCUUUUCUUUUUGAGAUAAAGGUUUAGUUGUUGAUUGUAUACUUAGAACAUAUAUGCACCAGUGCUUUGCCUUUGUUUUCAUGUUUAACUUCAACUUUAUGACAAUAAUAUUUCCAAGUUGUCUGAUUUGGUA